CACGGGGUGACCAACUGAAUGUUGAAAAGUUCGUUUUGCGAUUAAUUAUUAUCCAUCGCUAUUUUAUUCAGUAUAGUUAGUUUUUUUUAUACGAGGGCAAACAUGCCAUUAAACGCGGAGGCCAUGAAGCCGCCUUUGCACGACCAGAUAACCGAGAUGCAGCGGAAGAUUCAGCUGCUCGAGGGAGACAGAACCGCCUACUACGAGAGCUCCCAGGCCACCAUCCACAAGAACAGGGAGUCCAUCCUGCUGAUGAGGCAGGAGAACAAGCGGCUGCACAGGAAGCUGGCCGACAAUCUGGCUGGGGAUGAGCAUGUGAUCAAAGAAGCCUUUCAAGACAGAGGUUCAGAGAAGGAGGCCUACCGCACGAUGUCAGGGCAGGCGGCCAUCACGAAGGUGGAACAGAAGGUGUUGCUAAAGAUGAAGCGCCUCAACGCAUUGAGACACUCCACCAAGACCAGCCGCGACCGGCUGGAGGGGCUGAAGCUGCAGUGCCAGAGGCUGCAGCCAGAGGGCGCCAAGUCCCCGUCCACUGACGCCGCCGCGGAGCAGCCGGGGGACAAUGCAAGGAAGCUGCACUUCCUGGAGAACAGUCUGGAGAAGGCCCAGGUGAAGAACCAGGAGGCGGAGCACGUGCUGAGGGGCUACGUCACCCUGAAGAACCACCUGCAGGAUGAGAGCCUGACCUUUCAGGGGGAGCUGGACCGUCUGGAGGAGGACCUCCUGAAGGACCGGGCGGAGCUCCACGGCCUGAGGGUCAUGAACGGCGACGCCCAGCUGUCCAAGGAGGUCUCCAAGGCGGAGCUGCAGCAGCUGGAGGACCUGCUCUAUAAGGAGCGGAAGGAGCGGGAACGCAUCGUGGCCUCGUACAGGAAGCAGGUGGAGGAGCGCAAGGCCCAGAUAGAGAAGGCCGACCGCAGGGCCCAGAAGGCCCCCCUGCAGCCCGAGGAGCUGAGCGGCGAGGCCCAGCGCAGCCUCACGCGGGCGGGCGGCGAGGAGGAGCGCGGCGGCCCCACCCUGGAGGAGGCCUUCCAGAGCAUCAAGGAGGCCACGGGCGUGACCAGCGUGCACGAGAUCGUGGAGUGCUUCAUCGCCCAGGGGGAGUCCCAGAGGCACCUGGAGGAGCUGAAGGGGGAGAACCAGGAGGUGCUGCUGCAGCUGAAGGGGGAGAAGGAGGCACUGCAGCACAGCUUCCAGGACAUGAAGUACUCUGGAGAGGCCAAGCUCUCCAGCGGGCAGCAGGCUCUGGGGGACAGUGGGCAGCGUGUGCGGGAGGCUGAGCGGCGCUGCGAUGAGGCCAAGGACCACCUGGACUGGCUGCUGAGGACCCUGGGGACCGCCCAGAACGGGCUGGAGCACCUGGCCGACAAGCUGCAGCACAUCCCCCUGGAGCAGGGGGUUGAGGCCCCUCCGGCCCCCGACCCUGAGGGCCCGGUCCUGGGACUGCUGGCCCAGUGUGAGGAGAAGCUCCGACUGCUCCACGAGGAGCUCCAGGGGAUGGAGCCGUCCACGCUCCUGAAGGAGAUGGAGGAGGACGAGUUCUACACCAGGAUCGAGGGGAAACUACCGGACUACAACAUUCGCAUCCAGCUUCCUGAAGAGCAGCAGCAGAACCUGUUCAACGAGGAUGAAGAGAGUGAGGAAGACGAGGCUGACAUCAUCUCCCGGGAGGCGCUGAAGAGGCAGUCCCAGCUCAUCAUCGAUGCCAAGACCAAGAAGAAGCCCAGGAAGAAGAAGAAGUGAACCUUCGGCUCCUAAACCCAGGGCCUUAAAGUCCUCAAGGUCAAAAAGUCAGGACUGUAGUCUGAGUUUGAGUUUCCCACCAUGAAUAAAGAUGUAUUGUUAUUUUUGAUUAAUUUGAAUAUUCAGAAUAUUGUUGGUACUAUCCCUAUUGUAGAAGUAUUAAUAAAG